AUGGCUCCUGGAAAUGGUUCUUUCGUUACUGAAUUCAUUCUCAUGGGUUUAACCAAUCAACCAGAACUUCAGCUCCCCUUGUUCUUCCUGUUUCUAGUAAUGUAUAUGAUUACCAUGAUAGGAAAUGUGGGUUUGAUAUCAUUAAUUGGGUUGAAUUCACAUUUACACACCCCAAUGUACUUUUUCCUCUUUAACUUGUCCUUUGUAGAUCUCUGUUAUUCUUCUGUGUUUACACCAAAAAUGCUGGUUAACUUCAUAUCAGAGAAGAAUAUUAUCUCCUACAUGGGUUGCAUGACUCAACUUUAUUUCUUCUGCUUUUUUGGCAUUUCUGAAUGCUAUGUGCUCAUAUCAAUGGCCUAUGAUCGCUAUGUGGCCAUCUGUACCCCACUCACCUACAACAGUGCCAUGUCUCCUAAGGUGUGUUCCAGCCUUAUGCUUGGUUCCUACUUGGUGGCAUUUUCUGGAGCCAUGGCUCACACAGGGUGCAUGCUGAGACUAACUUUCUGUGAUGCAAACAUCAUCAACCAUUAUUUUUGUGACAUCCUUCCUCUGCUUCAGCUUUCCUGCACUAGCACCUAUGUGAAUGAGCUGGUAGUUUUCAUUGUGGUGGGCACCAAUAUCAUUGUGCCCACUGUCACCAUCUUUGUGUCUUAUGGCUACAUCCUCUCCAGCAUCCUCCGCAUCAGCUCCAAAGAAGGGAGGUCCAAAGCCUUCAGCACCUGCAGCUCCCACAUCAUUGCUGUUUCUCUCUUCUUUGGAUCAUGCAUAUUUAUGUAUCUCAAGCCAUCUUCUGCUGGGUCUAUGGGUGAGGGGAAAAUAUCUUCUCUCUUCUACACAAAUACAGUUCCAAUGAUGAACCCCUUAAUAUAUAGCUUGAGAAACAAAGAUGUUAAACUUGCUAUGAAAAAAACUCUUGGUAGGAGAAAGUUGUGA